GGACACGUUUUCUUAGAACUUUCAAACAGAAAGAAAUUUUAUCUUAUCUUAUUCUAGAUCCAGAUUACACACGUUACUUCUAAAAGUAAAAGUGUAUAUGUUUGAGUAAUGCAUGUUAAUCUAUGACUUCAACUCUAAGACUCUGGUUUUCCUGGCUGUUUCAGGCAACCCAUUCAAUUUUCGGUAACAUCACAAAGAUGAUUGCUGCAGAACACUUGACAGAUCACAGAGAAACUGAAAACUUUGGCAGGAUCAUCCAAAAUGAAACAAGAGACAGCCUACACACUGCUAUAGGUAAUCAUGAAACUCAGGAGUCAAUCGGCGGAGAAGCUGAUCUAGACAAACAUCGAGGUGAAUGUUCAAAGAAUCCAGGUCAUACAAAGUUCAUACCUGUUGAUACAUUCACAAUACAAAAUUUACCUGAAGGUCAUCGUAACUAUCUUUUAUACAAGUAUAUUAAAGCUAUAGCGGAGUUGACAGUCAGGGUUUCUGUUCUAAUGGUAAGUCCAAACAGACCUGAAGUUUGGCCAAAGACAAAUGACCCAUACCCAUUCUAUAACAACAAAACAAGACAGUUAAGGACAGGAAGUGGAAUGGUGGGAUAUGUCAACAAGUUUACAUCAAAUGGACUUAAAAAAGAAAAUAAACAGAAAACAAAAUACUCAAAAUGUUGGUGUAGAAAAUGUGAGCACUCAGAAUCACCCAGCAGUGUGUGGUGGGAGUUUGAUACUAUCACAGCUGCUCACAUGGUUUUUGAUGAGAUUGAAGCAAACCACACAUCUUUGAGAUUAUUUUAUGACACAGCUGACAGUUCCCUUUUUCUUAUUGACAAGGUCAUUGUUGUUGAUGUCAAUGUGGAGUAUGACAGAUGUAAAUUGAAAUGUGUGACAUGUGAUCAACGUUUAGGAGAGGAUCUGGAGAAAAACUGGAAACAUUAUGCUAAUGAUGUGUGGAGGAACGUCAAGAGCAAUUACUAUAAAUCUAGAGAUGUGGACAAACUGACCAUUAUUGUAUCCCAUCCUCAUGGAUGUUCCAAACAGGUAAGUAUUGGACACUGGAAGGACAAAGUCAAAGUAGACGAAUAUCGAAAUAAAUUUACUUAUACCACAUGUACUUGUCCAGGAACUAGUGGAGCCAUUGUCCAGUGUGUAGGUUAUAGUGGGGUGUGGUAUGAACUUGUUCACAGUGGUUUCAAAUCAGAAUAUAAUUACAGUGGGGCUGGUUAUGUGUUGUGAGCUUUGUCUCUUGUUGGAAAAAGUUGUUAAUUUUGUCCUUUUUUUUUAUAUACUACUUUGGAAUUUCAUGUAAUUUUAACUUGCAGAUUUUUUUUUUUUUUUUUAUGCUAUAGUGAUAUAAAUAAAUAAAUGUAUAUAGAUCUCUAAUAUUUUAUUUUUUCAACAUGGUUGAGUUAUUUGACUGUCUGAUGGCCAGACACUGCAAUGUGGGAAGAUAAUUAAAUUGCUAUUAAAAUA